CAUCUGACAUACAUGUUAUUUUGUUUUACAGGAAUGGCAGGUUUUGCAGCAAUUGUUGCAUAUGGGUUAUACAAAUUGAAGAGCAGGGGAAAUACUAAAAUGUCUGUUCAUCUGAUCCACAUGCGUGUGGCAGCCCAGGGCUUUGUUGUAGGAGCAAUGACUAUUGGUAUGGGCUAUUCCAUGUAUCGGGAAUACUGGGCAAAACCUAAGCCUUAGAAGAAGAGAUGCUGUCUUGGUCUCGUUGGAGGAGCUUACUUGAGUUAGACAUCUCUUUGUUGAAGUUACGUAUUGUUGAAAAUAAACUAAUUUGUUUGGGUUUAGAUGGUAAAAUGGCAUUUUGAAUAUUGGCUUGCUUUCUUGCAGGCUUGAUUUGCCUGGUGUGACCGCAUUACUAGUGGCUAGUUUACUAACUAGGUCAUUCAAGGAAGUCAAGUUAACUUGAAAGAAACAUGUCACCUAAAUGCACUUGAUGAUGUUGAAAUGUCCACCUUCUUAAAUUGUUCAGCUGAACUUAGUUCUAAAGAAGAUAACAGGCCAACCCUGAAGUAUUCCCUGUUUGCUGCAGAAUCUCAGAUGCUUUGGAUGUUAUAUGAGAGUCCUAUUUGCCCCAGCCAAUUUAACUUUUUUCUGCCUGUUUUGUGGACAGGCUGGCCCUUUUAGAACUCUGUCCAAAAAGUUCAUGGAAUAUAACUUGUAAAGCUUCCCACAACUAACAAUAUGUGUAUGUGCAUGUGUUUAAACCAAAUGUAGAAAGCUUACAGUAGAGCUGCAUGAUAGUAGUAUUUAUUAAAGAAUCUCAGUUGUAAACAUGAGAAUAAUUUAUGGAUUCUAGUUUCGUUCUUGUGUAACUGCGAAUUAUAUUUUUGCUGCUGUUAUAUUAGAAUAAAUUUUAAAUGUCAUCUUGAAAUAGAAAUAUGUAUUUUUAGCACUCAUAGCAAAGGUAAAUGAACACUUUUUAAAUGUGUGCAUUGCAUAUUUUUUCCAUAAUAAUUGUAAACAUUAAACUCAACAAAUGACCUAUAAUGGAUUUGAUUAAUGACUUAGCAAGCUGGUUUGGCCAGACAGUAUACCCAAACUUUUAUAUAGUACAGAAUGCUGUUACACUUGUGAAAUUCUCUUGUCUAAACUGAAUUUACAUUCCGUCAUGAUAACAUGGCAUAUGUGUUGUUAUUAAAGGAAGCGACCCAUGCCAA